CACGAGGGUUCCCUAGCGACCAUCGAUUUCCAAGAUGUCCGCAGCGCCGACUCGACUAGCUUGAACGGGAUGCGACACCCGGGGAACUCGAGAAACUGGGUCAGCCGGGAGGUGCGCGGCCGGGAGGAAGGCGCUGCUGAGAGCGGCGGAGGGGCACACUGCACGCUCUCCCCGAUGAAAAGUGAAAGUGGCCGGGAGACCUGGCCAGACCGUCGCCCUUCCUCCUGCUAGGGGCGCCUCGACCCUGCCUCGGAGAAAGUCCACGCAGCUGCUGCUCCGCGCCCUCCCUCGGCUGACAGGGGCACCAUGAGCCUGGUGCAGUCGGCCUUGGCCGUGUUGGUGUGGCCCCUGACGGGGUUCUACCACACCUACCUAUGGUGUAUAUCCUUUGCCGACAGGCGGACCGAGGACUGGCUGCUGGUCAAGUCUCCGCUGCCGAUGCUGCUCAUCAUCGCCGCUUAUCUGGCCGUGGUUCGGUACGGGCCCCGGCUGAUGGCGUCCAGGCAGCCCUUCCAGCUCAAGCCCUUCCUGGUCAUCUACAACUUCUCCGUGGCUGGACUCAACCUAUACAUCGCCGGGGAGAUAUUGUACUGCAUAACCAAGCGGAGAUACAGCUGGUUGUGCCAACUGGUCGACUACAGCGACAACCCGUAUGAAAUCAGGAUUGCCCGCGCCUUGUGGUGGUACUACAUGAGCAAGCUGAUCGAACUGAUGGACACUGUGUUCUUUGUGCUCCGUAAGAAGGACAACCAGCUGACCUACCUGCACGUCUACCACCACUCCACCAUGUUCUUCUUCUGGUGGAUCGGAAUCCGAUGGGUGGCAGGAGGGUCCGCGGCGCCCGGGCCGAGCAUCAACUCCUUGGUCCACGUGCUCAUGUACUCCUACUACGGCCUCACGGCCCUGGGACCCGCCGUGCAGAAGUACCUCUGGUGGAAGAAGCACCUCACCCUCAUCCAGCUGGUCCAAUUCUGCGUGGGGCUGGGCUUCGGCAUCAACGCCAUCUUCAGCGGCUGCAAGUUCACCCGCUGGAUGCAGUACGCCUUCAUCGUGUACGCCUUCUCGUUCCUCGUGCUCUUCGGCAACUUCUACGUUCACGCUUACAGGAGCAGGUACCAAGCCAAGGCAAGCAAGACAAAGGAAUUCGGCAAGCUAAGCCAGGAAGCCAGCGACUCCAUCGACAAGCAAUACCUGCUGCCGACUUUGAGCACCAUGUGCUUCCCAGAAGGGGUCAUGGACAGCGACUCCAAGAAGCGAGACUAGGCAGGCUGAUCUGUCGCGUGUUACCCUGUCGCCUGUGACGUUAUUUUUUGUUUGUAUCGCUAGUGGCCUUCAUUUUGUUGAGAAAGAACUAGUGAUGCAAAACUAUCGAUAGAUUGACUAUCGAUACUAUCGAUAGUUUUUCCAAAACUAUCGAUAGUGUCGCAGAACUAUCCAUUGUAUUAUCGAUAGUUUGUCGAUAGUUUUUUUAUACUCGACUAUCGAUUGUAUUAUCGAUAGUUUUGCACCACUAGAAAGAACCCUCUGACAUGUAGGACUGUUGGCAAGGGUCCUGUUGAUUUAAGCAGCGCUUGAUUGAGCAAUUGGACCAGCUUAGGUUGGAAACUUUUGAGCAACCUAUCCAGGCAAACUUGGUCUACCUUCUUUAUUUUGCUGUUGUGAUGUUUAUCUUUGGCACACAACGCCGGGGCAGCCGUCAUGCACUUGCUGCAUCUUAAAGAGGUCGAUCUUAAACCUGGAUGAUUUGCCAAAGGGGUACAAAUUCAUUUUUUUUUUUCAAUUUUCAUUUGUAGUAUAGGGAUUCUUGUUGAAGGUAUUUUUACUGCUCUACGAGACAAUUGAAAAUAACUUGUCAACAAAACCUGCAAAUUGGACUUUGUGGCAGAAGAAAGAUAUUGAGUUAGGUAAAUAGAAGUUAAUAAUACCGGCUAUAGGUGAGUUCCACAAACGGUUGUUCAAAGGCUCCCCAAGGGUUCCCCAAAGUUUUACUAUUAACUAUCAUAUUACUUAAUUUUUAUAACUGGGCCUGUUUGAUGAGGAACUAUUCUUGUUUCUAUCAAGCUAAUAGGCCUUUAACAAGCUGUGCUUUAAACCUUAUCUCAUGGUGUCUUGCUUCGACAUGCAAUAUGCUUAGGGUAUAAGGAUAUCAUGAAAACUUGUCCAAAUGUGCCUAAUUUGAUCGAUCCCAUCUUUCCAGCUUUCUGAAGAGAAACAGGCGCACCAUAGGUGCGGUGUCAGACAUAAAACAAUAUAGGGAAAUAAAGACCUAGGCUUCUGUGUCCUCCAGCUAGUCGUUUUAGGGCACAUGACUCAAGUUCAAAACCGCUUUCAUGUAACAAACAAAGCGACACUACACUCAAAUGACUUUCUAGAAUUGCGGUGGAGUGUCAUUAAGAAACAAAGGUCAUUUUAUCUCUUUAAGACAAUAAUUAAGGCGUGAGCCUCGAGGAACACGAAACAGUUUGCUUUGAAUUGGGAAGUGUUAGUUGAAAAACAGGCAUAAAAAAUAAAGAUUUAGGAGAUUAUGCUUCGAUAAUACGAGACACUCCUGGAAGAAGUGAGGUUUCACUUCGACCCGCGAACAUCCUGGACCUCGGUGAGACAGAGCCGACACCGGCCCCAUAAGACUGCCUCGGCCUCCAUCCUGCCGACAGGCACAGUGACCUACCCUUGGUCCCUGGGAGUUUUUGUCGGAUUUAGAGCGACCCCGUCGUGUAUGCGAGCAUCGAACGUAUUGAACCGUCUUGUGGCACUUGGAAGGUUGCGUGCUCCUGAAUCGGGAACUGGCGGCAAACUAUGCAUAAGGCCCAAGGCCAGAACCAUCUCCGGCGUAUAUAAAGGGUGGAGGGAACACAGGCGCUGGCGACAUAAGCACGUGUCGACGCAUUGCGUGAAGGUCCAGCACUGUAUGCAGCUGGUAGUGCACUAAUCUUCCACUCAAGGCGUAUAGGUAGGGCGGAGAAGAAACUUUCUCAAGUCACAAUACACCCCUUUCAAAAGUGAGCGCCAUCUAGUAGCUCCUGCGCCAAUUAUCCGAGUCCACCAUUGUUUAGGCAGGCACCCUGAUCAGCUAUUGGACACGAAGUGUGCGUCGGCAUUCGGCAUGAUCUAGGCUCAGCCACCUAGACGACAAUGCCUGCACAUGACGUCAUCGUUAGUGGAUCCCCGACGCUGAAGCUCGCCACAAAGUGACAGACGCGUACGUCUUGGCGUCGCCGCCUCUCAGCAUCGAUUCACUAGUAAUGACGUUUCAGGGCGGCCUUGUCUUAUAGGUGGUACUGACUCCGAUGGAGAACGAGUGCAGCGUCAGCGAACACUCCGAUCCAAUUAAGUGACCUUGGUGGCCAAUUAAUGGCGACCGCGAAUGCUGGGCUUUCUAAAAGAGCCUAUGGGGAGCGUUGCUUUAGAUACUGAGCGCUUUUUUACUAUCCCUAGCGAAUGAGGCGGGAUCCAACAGCGAAAAAUGGAUACGCGUUCCCCAAGAUUGAUUGACAUGUGCUCAAGCGAAGAACCCGAGGCUUUUCUAUCUGUGCUUUCGCGUGGCUACUCUUUCCCACCUCACAAUGUCGCACAUUUCCUCACCACCUCAUUUCGAGUGAUAUAUCAUCGAAGAAAAAGGUUUUACCAGCUUUUUGCCCGCUUUGAAUCUAACCGAUUCCCGGACGAGUCGACUCCUGAGUUGUUCGCUUCUAGAGAACCGACCUACGAGUACUGCAGAGGUACUCUGGGAAUUCAAAACGGACGAGCAGUGGGGUGCCACGAGGCUCUUGUUUACGAGGCAUUAAAUCAAUCACUGUUCAUACGCGAGGAUACUUGAGAUUGUCCUCGGGAAUAUCUUUUAAUAAAGUCUUCCGCCACCGCUU